AGCCGAAGAUGUUGGCUCGGUCAUGUGAUCAGCUGUGUCCAAUCACAGCUGAUCGCAUGGAACAUGUACACUGAUCAUCAGGGCACUGAUGAUCAGUGUGACCUGAUGAUCUGUGUAGCCCCAGCAGUGCCACCUGUCAGUGUCCAUCAGUGCCAGCUGUAAGUGCUCAUCCAUGCCACCUGCCAGUGCCCAUCAGUGCCACAUCAAUGCCACAUAUCAGUGCCUACCAGUGCACAUCAAUGCCACAUAUCAGUGCCCAUCUGAGCUGCCUUUCAAUGUCACCCAUCAGUGCCAGUCAGUGCCACCUAUCAAUGCCAGUCAGUGCCACCCAUCAGUGCUGCCAAUCAGUGCCACCUAUCAGUGCCAGUCAGUGCUUCCUAUCACUGCCAGUCAGUGCUGCCUAUCAGUGUGCAUCAAUGCCGCCUAUCAGUACCUGUCAGUG